AUGUCUAAUUUUUGGAAAGAAAUACAAAACUAUUCAGGAUGCACAGAUUUUGAAUAAUUACAAUAUUAUCUUAACAUUAUCUACAAAGUAAUAAUUCUAAAGAGUUUAGUUUCAUUUAUUAUUAGAAGACUUUCAAACUAUCCAUCCUGUCUAUUUAUCAAAAUUAUUACAUUUGCACUAAUUAGCAAUUAAAUAUUAUGAACAUUCCACUGAGGAAUUGAAUGAGUAUGAAUUAUAUAUCGAAAAAUCUACUUUAGAAGUUUAAGAAUAAGUUACUAUUCUAAUUAUUUGUAGAUUAGAAAAACAGAAAAAAAACUUUUAGAUAGUAAAGUUAAUAUAAAAGCAGCAUAAAAAAAAUUAUAGUUGGAAUUGAAUCAAAAAGAUAAAUUUAUGCAGAAAAUUAUAAAUACUUAAUUAAUUUAAUGUAUUUAUUGUGAUAAAGUUGUUACAACCGAAUCUUAAUUUGAUUUACAUAUGUAAUAAUAUCAUAAAAGAGAAUUUAAUAAAAAAGAAGUUGAUAUUAUCAAUAAAGCUUUAUAAAAUCAAUUAUUAACUUAAUAAUUAAGUAAUAAAAUUAUUCAAUAAAAUCAAUAAAAUUAUUUAGCUUUAAAUUAUUAAUUACUUUAAUUCACAAAAGAAUAAUUAUCAAGAGAAACAACAGAUUUUCUUUAAAAUACUUAAGAAGUUACUGAAAAAAUUUAAAAUAUUGAUUAAACUUAUAUAAAAAAAAUAAAAAAUUUGGAGGAAGAAAUUUAAAAUAAAUUAAAUUUGAUUUAACUUAAUUCAGAAAAAGAAGAAUAAAUAAGAGAAUAAUAAGUGAAAGAAAAAGUAAUAUAAUUGGAAGAGUAAAUAAAAUAAGAAUUUGAAAAUUCUAAAUCUUAAAUGAUGAAAUCAAGAUAAUUAACUAAAAUGAAAACACAUGCUUAGGUAUAUAAAUCUCAAGAAGGUGCAUUGAACAACUCUUAAUAACCUUAAUCUGCUGUCUUUUAAUCAUUAUCUGGUUUUCAAAGAGGAUAAACAAUGAAUAUAUAAAGUCUUGCUAAUAUUGAAUAAGAUGAAUUAAUUGAAGAUGAUCAAAUUCAUAAAACUAGUUUACAGUAAUUUCAAAUUUAAAUUAAACAAAAUACAGAUUUAGAAUCCCCUCUUUAAGGUCAAUUUGAAUAAUCUCAAUAAUUGUCAGAAUCAAUUUAAGCAAGUUAAGGAUUAUUGUUAAAACCACCUGCAGAAAUAUAGUAAUAAUCAAAAUUUUCAAAAUAAAUAUAAAACAAAAAUUUUGGCUCUGAAGAAGAAUAAUCAUUCAAUUAAAAUUUUAAUUAAUAUGAUCAGGAUGAAAAUAUCGAUUUUGGAGCUUAAAACUUAGAAACCUAUAGAAAUGCAAUAGAUUAAUAGUAAAAUAUGCUUUUUGAAUUGUAAUUAAAUUAUUUAUUAAGUAAUUUAGAUUAUUAAAUAGAAGUAAAGGUUCAAGGCCAACUUAUACAAAUCUAUAAAAAUAGCAUUAUAGUAAAAUUUUGGAGAAAAAUAUUGAAUAGGAUAUAAAAGGAAUUACAUAGGCUGAUCUAAAAAACUUGAAAAAAAUAUAUGAUGAAUUAAAUAAAUAACUUAAAGAUCAAUAAGCAAAUGUAGAAGAAAAACUAUAAUUAUACUCAUUUAAUGAAGAAUCUCGCACUCCUGAAGAAGUUGAUUCUAGAAGAGCAACAUAAUACCUUAAUAUUAGAUCAAGAAGAAACAGUAGUAAAAAUCCAAAAAAUCCAUCUUAGAUUUGA